AUCUGAUUGCCGUUCCGACAGGCGGCACGCCUCAGAGCGGCACGCCUCUCCUCAGCUUCAGACGUCCGCCACGCCCGUCCACACCCUCCACCGCGCCCGUGUCACCAACUCGAACGGACACGCCCCCACACUCUGGCACGCCCCCUCACUCUAGUACUCCCCAGCCAGAAGAAUCUAUGCCAUCGUCCAGGAGGUCAUCGCUAGCGCCGCCCAUCAGCGACUCCCGCCGCGGGUCUCAGACGAAGAAGGCUCUGACGGGGCUGGUUAAGGAUGCCAAAAAAGGGAUCAAGGACGUCAAGGACACCUCCAUGAAGGCUGGACAGAAGGUUGUGGAAUCGACCAAGGAGACCAGCCAGCGGCUGAUUGUAGACAUGGAAGCCACUACUAAAAUGGUUAAAGACAAGACAGUGAGCGUGUCAGGACACAUGAAGGAUGCUACUGUGGGUGCGUCACAGUGGGUGGCAUCACACACCUCCAAGACAGCCAAAGCAGCCAUGGAACAAGCCAAGUCUGGACUCAGUAUCGGCGAGAAGUUCACUCUCUUCGCUGUGGAGAAGAUCACCACGUUCUCUCGAAAGGGCUUCACACACGUCUUCAUGUUCUUGAUCCUAGCAGGGUACACAGCCCUGGGAGCCCUACUCUUCAUUGCCCUGGAAGCACCGCACGAGAACGAAGAGAAACAAGACAUAGAGACGGUGAGAACACACCUCAUUGAGUCUCUCUGGGAGAACCAGGUACAGAACAAGGGACUCAACUUCUCCAGGUGGGAAGGGAUAGUGUACAACCUCCUGCAGCCCUAUGAUGAACAGCUGUACCACUCGUGGUCAGUGGGAGUGUCGCCAGAUACCAAUGACAGGAUAUGGACCUUCUGGAAGGCAAUGUUCUUCUGUUCUACUAUAACUACCACCAUCGGUUAUGGCCACAUCUUUCCCCGGACCAACGCAGGUCGAGCUCUCACCAUUGUCUACGCCAUUGUCGGCAUUCCCAUCUUCCUCAUCCUGAUGGCAGAUUUCGGCAAACUCUUCACCAGACUCCUAAAGUCUCUGUUUGUUUUCGUCAAGAAACUUUACCGCACUGCAACUUGCAGGAGAGUGAGGAAGACCAGAGCUGUGCAGUCGGUGAAGCACCAACAAAGGGUCAGCCCAAUGUCUAGGCCGCCUCUGGCUGUCCCAGAGUCCCUCUCUACAGACUUCGACAAACCUGAUGAGGCCGACCAACAGGCUCAGGUGAGAGAGAGAGAACCUUUCUUGACAGAGGAGGAGAGAAGAAAGCAAGAACAGAUGGGUGAAGAUGAAGAGGGUCAGGAGGAAGAGAAACACCAAGAGGCUCCUCCAUGCUGCUGCUCAGCGUGGGGUAGGAAGGUACAUGUAUGGUUCAGGUCACUGUGCAGGAAGACAGAAGAGGUGACGGAGGAGGAUGCCACGCCGGAGUCAGAGGAAGAGGCUGCCAUAGAUGACAACUUCAACCUGCCCAUCUCCCUCGCCCUCCUCAUCCUCCUCAUAUAUAUCCUGUGUGGCUGUUUCAUCUAUACCAUGUGGGAAACUUGGACGUACUUCGAGGCCUUCUAUUUUAUUUUCAUCUCCAUGACGACCAUCGGCUUCGGCGACUAUGUUCCCCAGGUCGACAACGACAACAAGCAUCCAGCCUUCAUGAUGAUGACUACUGUGUACCUGGUGUUCGGCCUCGCUCUUACUGCUAUGUGCAUCAACAUUAUCCAGGAGAAGUUGUCGGACACCUUCCGCCAUGCGAGUGAGAAACUGAAGGAAUCCUUUGGUCACAUCAUGGCCACGGCCACCCAGGGUGAGGAGGCAGCUCUACCAGAGGGCAAGGAGGUGGAGGUAGCAGAGGUCCACGGCGGCAAGACCAAAAACUCCACAGAUACCGUCACGGUCAAGAAGGAAACAUAGCUUAUUACUGACGACACAAACCAAAUCCUAGUGUAGUUGUAAAUAAUCUAGUCGUGAUAUUUUUUCUUGGCAAAGAAAAAUAAUUACAGAACAUGCCUUGUUGCUUAUUUAAAUCGUCAGGAAGAGAACGAGAAGAGAUUGCUAGGCGGUCUAAAAGUUGAUGAAACUCGAAACUGUGACAUGUGUUCAUUUUAGGUACGCUGGGUCACGUGAGUUCUGAAGAUAUGAGGAGCUUGUUAGCUGCCGCCAUGCCAAUAACUUCUGGACAAAAGCUUGUAUUCACCUUGGCUGAUGGCCACAGUGUUGCCUCAGAAUAUGCAGUUUAUAUCUAAGUCAGUAUUAUGCUCUUACAUAUUUAAUUUUGUUUGAAAAUAAUGUUAUGGUAAUCACACUUAGGUGAUUUUUAAGUGACUCCAUCAGGCUAUACGCGGAAUAUGUUAAUAAAUAAUAUAUAAAAAUAUUAAUAAUACAUGUUAAGUUUGUUUUUUAAGAGCCAGAAUUGUUCGAAGUACUCAGGCUUUUUGUUAAGGAAUAAUUCAAGUUGGUAUAGGUAACAUACUACAUCUGGUUGCUGAAGAUACACAAGUUCAUAAUUUGGCCAUGGCAAUACCAGCUUCGUGACUGUUUAACCCGAGCUCAGUAACUAGUGGAGUACUAAGAGAAUGGAUCAUCACUAAUUAAUCAGCCUGGAUAUAACUGCGAUAAAGUCGGUAUUACAGACAAUGGCACAGUCAUAUAACACCUGAGAGAAAUUAUAGAAAAUUGAGAAUGACCAAGAAUAUAAUGACAAGUUUGAGAACCACAGAAUGCCACCGACAAGGGGCCCAGGUAAAGACUGCCAUGAUGCUACAGUUUGAGAGAACCCCAGUUAGACACUACAGGCAUAUCAUAAAUGGUCAUGAAAGCCACAUUACUCAAGCUGAAUUCAUGACAAACUUUUGUAAAUAGACGUCCAUAUAAACUUACUGGUACGCUCAAGAUUACUUUAAGCCAACGCUGUUGAUUAAUAUUUUGAUUCAUAUGACUAACUGUUAUUUUUACCAAACCGUUGUUGAGCACUUUUCCUUACGCCUUAAUUUUAGGAUUUUUUUUUUUUUUUAGAAAACCUGACAGUGUGAUAAUGACAUUUGUGAUUGGAGUUCCUAUAUAAAUUAUCUAUUAACUGUUUUAGUAGAAUAUACUGAAUAAUAUUUCUCUGAUGUAAGUUGCUGGUAACUCAGCGGAUGAAUAAUCACUGAACGGGUAAUUAUCUGAUUAAAACCCACAUCAUGAGAAAUCAUUAUCAUGGGGGAGCGCUAAACCUGAAGGGGUUAUACAGCGUCUUGUGGGGGGGGGGGAUGGAAGGCAUUCAGGUUCAGUUCAGGACCUGGAGCAGAGAUACAAUUCCCUAGAUCAAGAGCCCCUCAUAAGCGUCAAGGAACCUCCCUUGAGGUGAUAUUGGAAGAAGUAUCCUUCAUAUGAUUAAUUAACCUAGUCAGAUGACUCUGUAGUUAUCGUUAGCAACUGCCUGUGGAUGAACGCAGUAUUUCAACAUACUGACCUAUAAUAAUCAUUAACAGAUCAAAAAUACCUUGGUAAAAGGAAUUGGAGCUGCCUUCCCCUUAAACGGAUUAAACCUGAUUACCACCCAUUUUCCAGGUGCUGUAUAACCUUACUGGUUUAAAGUAACCUCACGAUUAUAAGUAAUCCAUCGAUUUUACGCCUUUGUUAACUAAAUUCUGUCCAAUGAAAAAAUGCCCCCCCCCAAAAAAAAAAAAAAAAAAAAUUGAGUAUAAAGUUUAUAUUUCUUGAAGUACAUAAUGGAUCGCACCAAAAAUAUAUUGUUCUCAAAUGACUAAAUCAAAAUAUAUUCUACGACUGAAGAAAAAAAAUCUCGCUCCAUUUGAAAGUUGUAGCUUCACAUGUUGUUUAGAUAUUAGAGCACACCAGAGCCCCUCACGCUGCUUUGCUAGCAAGCCAUCUCGAGUUUUUACUCUCAUAUAGAAGGCACCUUGCUCUAUAGUCAUCUGUCAGGGUUCACGCCCUCAACCUCCAGCCUUGAUGAAGUCACACACUAAUAGUUCAAGUUCAUCAAAUAGUUUGGCUCCUGAUCAUAGGUAAUCCAUUAAUCCCAUUCUUACAAUCUUUUUAAAAAAUCUCGUACAUGUGGACUGUAAUUUAAUAAAAUAUAUUGAAAUUCUGGUAAGACUGAAAAAAAUAAUUUCUGAAAACUCUAGCCAAUAAACUGCAGCAAGUCACAAUACCAUGGCUAGAAAACUUUACAACUGACCCACACUUUAGAAAACUGUGAAAGAAUCAUAGAUGUAUAUUCCAUUCACGUUUUACGAACCAUCUAUAAGUUUAAAUUUCAUUGUCAGUCUAGAAUAAUAGUUUAACGAUUUAUAUGCAAGGUCUAAAACUCUUUUUAGACAAUAUAUAACUAAAACUAACUUUUUUUUAAGCUUCCAGGAAAGAUCUAAUUUUACUACUCGUUUCUGAGAAGUUUAGCAGUUCAUUUGACAGAUGUACAGCGACUGUUUGAUAAUGGUUGAUAUAAGAGGUAGGUGUGUGUAUGAGAGAGAGGAAGAGGGGAGAGGAGGAGAGGGGGAGAAAGAGGGAGGAGGGAGAAAGAGGGAGAGGGGGGAAGAGAGAGAGGAGAGGCAGGGAGAGAAAGAGAAGGGGAGAGGACAGGAGAGGCAAGGGGAGAGAGGGAAGCAGAGAUAAAAAGAGAAAAACAUUGGAGAGAGAGUGACUGAAGAGAGAAGAGAAAGAAAAACAGAGAAAGCAAGGGAAAGAAGAGAAAGAAACGAGACAAGGAGAAGGAAUCAUUUUAUAAUGUAUAAAAACUAAUGAAGUUCAACCUAAAUGUACACUUGGAAUAUACUUCUCCACGUCUCCAGUCUAAUGAUUCCUUCAAAUUAAUAAUUCUAGAUA